AUGACCGAUAACUCCGCGAAUUUCGGAUGUUAUUUUUCGAUGUCUGAAGGACAUCCCUUUUUGAAUUUCACAAUCUCAGAAUCUCAGAAUCUCAGAAUCUCAGAAUCUCAGAAUCUCAUAAUCUCAGAAUCUCAGAAUCUCAGAAUCUCAGAAUCUCAUAAUCUCAGAAUCUCAGAAUCUCAGAAUCUCAGAAUCUCAGAAUUUCAGAAUCUCAGAAUCUCAGAAUCUCAGAAUCUCAGAAUCUCAGAACCUCAGAAUCUCAGAAUCUCAGAAUCUCAGAAUCUCAGAAUUUCAGAAUCUCAGAAUCUCAGAAUCUCAGAAUUUCAGAAUCUCAGAAUCUCAGAAUCUCAGAAUUUCAGAAUCUCAGAAUCUCAAAUCUCACAAUCAGAAUCUCAGAAUCUCGGAAUCUCAGAAUCUCAGUAUCUCAGAAUCUCAGAAUUCGAUUUCCAGAAUCAGAAUUUAGGAUUGCAGAAUUUCAGAGAAUUUAGGAUUUCAGAAUCUCACAAUCAUAAUCUCAUAAUCUCAGAAUUUCACAAUCUCAGAAUCUCAGAAUCUCAGAAUCUCAGAAUCUCAGAAUCUCAUAAUCUCAGAAUCUCAGAAUCUCAGAACCUCAGAAUCUCAGAAUCUCAGAAUUUCAGAAUCUCAGAAUUUCAGAAUCUCAGGAUCUCAGAAUCUCAGAAUCUCAAAAUCUCAGAAUCUCAGAAUCUCAGAAUCUCAGAAUCUCAGAAUCUCAGAACCUCAGAAUCUCAGAAUCUCAGAAUUUCAGAAUCUCAGAAUUUCAGAAUCUCAGAAUUUCAGAAUCUCAGAAUCUCAGAAUCUCAGAAUUUCAGAAUCUCAGAAUCUCAGAAUCUUAGAAUCUCAGAAUUUCAGAAUCUCAGAAUUUCAGAAUCUCAGAAUUUCAGAAUCUCAGAAUCUCAGAAUCUCAGAAUUUCAGAAUCUCAGAAUCUCAGAAUCUCAGAAUUUCAGAAUCUCAGAAUCUCAGUAUUUGAUUUCCAGAAUCAGAAUUUAGGAUUUCAGAAUCUCACAAUCAGAAUCUCAGAAUCUCGGAAUCUCAGAAUCUCAGUAUCUCAGAAUCUCAGAAUUCGAUUUCCAGAAUCAGAAUUUAGGAUUGCAGAAUUUCAGGUUUUCAGAAUCUCAGAAUCUCAGAAUCUCAGAAUCUCAGAACCUCAGAAUCUCAGAAUCUCAGAAUUUCAGAAUCUCAGAAUUUCAGAAUCUCAGGAUCUCAGGAUCUCAGAAUCUCAAAAUCUCAGAAUCUCAGAAUCUCAGAAUCUCAGAAUCUCAGAAUCUCAGAACCUCAGAAUCUCAGAAUCUCAGAAUUUCAGAAUCUCAGAAUUUCAGAAUCUCAGAAUUUCAGAAUCUCAGAAUCUCAGAAUUUCAGAAUCUCAGAAUCUCAGAAUCUUAGAAUCUCAGAAUUUCAGAAUCUCAGAAUUUCAGAAUCUCAGAAUUUCAGAAUCUCAGAAUCUCAGAAUCUCAGAAUUUCAGAAUCUCAGAAUCUCAGAAUCUCAGAAUUUCAGAAUCUCAGAAUCUCAGUAUUUGAUUUCCAGAAUCAGAAUUUAG